GAUUAAGAGGAAAUAGCGAACUAGCGAUUUAACUGUACUCCUAGGGUAUAUGGACAAUUCUUUAAAAGGUGGAGGGUUUAAAGCAAAUAUAGAUAUAGAUUGGUGUCGACAUAUAUUUGUGAACAGAUUUCUGAUAUAUUUUCUUUUUUAAUAUUAAAUGAAAUCAAAUAUUCAGAUUUUAUACGGAUAUUAUUUGUGAAUUUAAGGUAGACUUGCUUUAAAUGAAAGAACGACAUUUAUGCCGGAUGAAACAAAACUGUUAUAAUUUACUAUAUACUAAAAUUCUCAAGAUAUUGUCUUUUAAACUGCACAUCAGUUUUUAAAUUAAAAAAUGUGUUGAUUUUGAAAGAUGAACGGUUCAAACAGUGUAUCAUAUUUAAUGGAGUUUUCGUGUUUGAAAGUUGUAUUUGCGCGCGUUGAUAGCAUAUAAUUACAUUUAUAUUGAUCAUCGUUCAUACAGAAUGUUUUCUGGAGUUGUAACAGGAGAUGUGCAGAGUCUGUUAGAGACGACAAAGCACCUUUCUCAUUUGACUACACGACAACAGAGCGAGGACUCUAUUCAUAAACAACUGGCCGCGUUUGAGCGUCUUCUCCAACACUCAAUGUCCAGAUACUCCAAUGAAAACACGUAUAGCCUCUUACGUCAUAUAACGCGCUGGGUUGAAACCAAUACAAAAUCGUCAACAAAGAACGCUACAAAAGUUUCCUUCAAGCUAACGUCGAUUAAUGAACUCCAAGACACUAUUGGAUUAAUGAAAAGCAAAAGUAAAUUAAAAACGCCGACAGCCGAUGAGGAGUCGAUAUAUAAGACGUUUGACCUUUUCUUAAAUGAUCUUCUCUAUCUAAAAGACUUGAAGAAAUAUUUUGAUGAUGAGAUUUUUGCAGCAUUGAUGAAAUAUCAUUAUGAACCGAAUGUUCAGACUUCUCGCUCAACUGAAGGUAAUGGUGCAAUGAAACACAUCCGAACUAUUAAGGUUGAGGAUGAAGAUAGCGGCAAUGGAUCGCAAAUUGACGCUGAUGAAAAUCGAAUCUUCCGGAAAGUAAACAAUAAUAGGAAAAAGAAAUCAAAAUCACCUAAUUUGAGCAACGAUGACGACGAUAAACAAUACAAAGACACUGUGGCUGCCCUCCGUUUGAUUUUAAAGAAAUGGGAUGGACUUUUAUCAGAAGAUACUUUAGAUUUAGAUGACUUUGAUCCUGACAGUUACCAUGAGUUAAUGCAAUUUAGUAACUAUACGCAGUUUGAAACCUUGCUUCGCCUCGUUCCUGAUAUAUUUGCAAAAUGCUACAAGAGCAUUGACCUUGCCAAGACAUGGUUACGUCUGUCAAACAUUGUAAUGCAAGACGAACCUCCGAGUACUUCAUCUCCGAUUAUAGAGACAAUGGAUCAAAAGAUGCCAAGUGAAGCCGAGUUCAAGGAAUCGGAAAAAUCGACAAAACAAUUUUUAAAAGAAGUGCGUGAAAUUCAGAAGCAGAUACAAGACGUCGAUAAAUCUAUCGGUGAUGAUGUUGCUCUUCUACAUAAAUAUUAUAGAGAAAUGGACGUUCUUGUCGGACGAGAUGAACGCUUUUCAACUGUGUCGUCUCACAUGGACAAAAUUGACUCUUUGAUGACAAUUGCUGCGGGAGAAUACCAAAAAUCCAAAACUGAACAGUAUUCUAUCGCAAGCAAAUUGAAAUCUUGUAGGAAAGGAACGCCAACUUACGGUGAGUUAAAAACUAACCUGAAAAAGUUGGACAAUGAAGUCGCUCAAAAUCACUGGAAAAUCAAACGGUUAGAAUUUGAAAGAACAAUGUAUCAAGAGGACCUGCUUGUAGAGGCGGAAGUACGCCCUAGUUUUAUACGAUUCAUCGGUGAUACAAAAGAAAAAAUGAGUGACCUUGAAAACUUACUAAGUGUGAAACGCGAUGAAAAAUUGAAGCUCGAAAAACAUUUGGCUUUAAUGAAAACCAAUACAGACCGCAUGCGCAAGAUAAUGCGAACAUAUUUAGGAAGUGCUUCUACCCAAGGGGAUAUUUCACGCGAGUCAUCUAUUUUAUCAACACCGGAUGACCUAAGCGAAAUUCCAUUGGUUGAUGGAAACGAGGCCGAUGCUGAUUCUCCCGUUCCAUUUGAGGACAAUGAACAGCAACGCAUUCACCAUAAACAUUCUACGAGUGCGCAUUCCCAGAAGCAAAAACUCGCAGCGAAAGCCACAAGACCGUCGUCCGAACGGCUUUCUGAGACUAGUCCAAAACCGCUCACGAACUUAGGUCGUGUAUCUAGAGUCGGACCAAAAGCUGCUCUUAAGACAACACCGAGGCGCGUUUGGGAAAAUAUGUAAAUGAAAUAAAAAAAAGAAGAAAAUUUACUAAUUCACUUAUCACACCUUUUUGACAUCAAAAUCAAAGUAAAACUUGUAAAGUCAUUUAUCUCUUUGACAAAGGGUGGAGAUUAUAAAACGUCUUAUUGAAUAGUUCUAUGCAACGCCUUGUUUAAUGUAGUACUAAAAUGUUUGUUUAAUUAUUUAGUUAUCUACAGUUUAUUUAGAUAUUCACCAGGUGGCCAUUUGUGGAUUCUGUGCAUUUCCUUAUCUGGUUUUAGCUGAAAUGACUGUCCGCAUGUUCACAUUAAUUAUUGAAUGGCGUUUGACAAAUGUAUUUAACUUAGUCGUUACACGGAGAUACAAGUUGAGUGUAAGUACGUGAACUCGGUUACCUUGAGCACAGUCAAAACCCGUUCGUUCAAUGCAAAUCAAUGAUAAUUUUCAAAGAUCUUGUAAUGUCUGGUUCUUUAGACGACCUUGAAAUAAUAUAAAUAAAUAUAUUUGUAAUCAAAGUAGACAUACAUACAUACAUACAGACGUAAAUUUUCUCAAUCUGAUUAAAAUCAGCUCUCAAUAACGCUCCGCUUUUACAUAAAAGAACUAAGAAGAUCUGAACUUUAGUCAGAUUGAAAUUUUCUUUUCGAUCGAAUAACCGUAUUCAGUAACUGAAUAGACAUUUAAACAUAUACAGGUCCAUUUCAAAUGACUUUCCUGCGAGAGACAAAACUAUACAUGCUAGAGUUACCUUUACAGGGUCACUUAUUCCAUUUAUUAAAUCUUGGUGCAUUGUGUAUGAUAUAACCACGUAUUAUGACGCGCGUAAAGUUCAAGCUUCAUCACAAGUUCAUGUGGUUGAAAGACUCUUUUUUUGUAUCUAUUCGGGUUAAGAGACAGUACUUGGAGGUGGGUGCCACUGUAAAAAUGCUUGAAAAAUUGAUGGCGGCGCAAGAGUCCAUUUUGUUGGUCAUGCAAAGCAUUAACUCGUUUUAGGCAUGGCCCAAGAAAGACAACUAAAGAAAUACUUUUCAUCUUUACUGACAGAGUAACUUACCUUAGCUGUUAUAAGCUAUUCAAUAAUUAUAUUUUCCAAAUUUUUAAAAGAAAUAGCACAUAUGUUUCUCUAUAAAAGCAGGCUAUGUAUCUGUGAAAUAUGCGUUACCGUGGUAUAUCGUUACAUUUAUAAUAUUGCAAGUUCAUAUGCCUCGUUGCUCGUGUUAUAAACAAAUAAUAUAGACAAGGAAUCACACUAGCGUCCAUCAUGGCUGCGUUUCAUGAAAAGUCGUCAGUCUAAAAUAAGUUUAAAGACCAAAAUUAAGACAAUAUUGCGAUUCAAAGAAAAUGUCUAACUUCUGAACUGUUUUAAAUUUCAUAAGUACUUCAAUUUUUUUGAUAUUGAAAAAUUUAGAAUUGCGCUGUCCCGGCUUAGAGUUUCUUCACAUAGACUUGAGAUUGAAACUGGCAGGUGGAAUAAACCUAGUGCUAUACCUUUUGAUGAUAGGAAAUGUAAAAAUUGUUUUAUUUUAGAAGAUGAAUUUCACUUCAUUUUAGAAUGCUCUCCUUAUGCUGAAUUACGAAAAAAAUGUAUAAAAAUACAGUGUUGGAAAAUACUAAAUAUACCUAAAUUUAUCGCAUUAACACAUUCAGAAAAUGAAAUAGAAAUUAGAAACGAUUCAAUGUUUUCUUUAAGCAUUCUAUGUUCGAAACAUUAUUCCUUAUAAUUAAUCAAAAGUUUGUCCCAAACGCUGUAUUAUAUAUAUUUACUUUUGUAUUGUUUUGUUUUGUGUUUUACACCCUUAUUGGUUGGACGGUAUCUGUCUUAAGUAUAUAAUUACCAGUAUUAUCACUAUAAUUCGAGACGUGUUGAUACUUGUGUCACUAAGUGAUAGUAGAUUAUAUUCUUAGUUAACAUUUUCUUAUUGCUAAAAAAGUAAAUAUACUGUGAAACUUGAUGAUAUAUGUUUUAUAAAGUAAUGACAUUGACAAUUUGACUGCAUUAUAUGCAUAUUUGUUAUACGUACAGUGGUGUACGCAUGGGGAUAUUGCCCGAAUGUAUUUUGAAAUAAACUCUUGAAACUCUUUA